AUGAGUGCCUCAAAUCCAAGUGUGGCCAUUUUAUUAUUUCUGAUAUCUCUAAGAUUAACCAACGCCAUAUUCUGCCCGCUCACUGAACAACACUCCCUUCUAAGCUUCAAGAACUCUCUACUCGAUCCCCACCACCAUCUCUCCUCAUGGAACCACCUCAAUUGCUGCAAAUGGAAGGGCGUAGCCUGCAACAACUCAACCGGCCAUGUCCACCGCCUCCACCUCUCCGGUUUCCGUUUAACAGGCCAACUAAAUCCAUCCCUCGCCAAUCUCUCCCACUUGACUCAUCUCGACUUGAGCCUCAACACCUUCCCUCAAACAAUCCCUCCCUUCCUCGCCUCACUCACCAAUCUCGAGCACUUGAACCUCUCCUUCGCCGGCUUCCACGGAAACAUCCCCCACGCCCUCGGAAACCUCACGCGCCUCCGCAGCUUAGACGUGGCCGGGUUUCCAAACAUGGUGUGGGGAGAUCACCUGAACCACUACCACAGCAUACAUCUCGCGGGCUAUCCGGAGAUGGAGUAUGUCGCGCCUGUGACCUCUCCGAACGUAUUACAUGUCGACGACAACAUCCAGUGGCUCUUGAGGCUUUCCAGAUUGGAGGCUCUCAACAUGAACUAUGUGAACCUCGGAAAGGCAAAGGAGUGGCUGCAGGUGAUCAUCACGCUCCCUUCUUUGCAAAAGCUUCAUUUGCAGAAUUGCAGCCUUGAUUACAUAUCUCCUUUGAGUAGUCUAAAUGUCACAUCUUUAACUCUAAUUGACCUCUCGUCUAACAACUUCCACUCCUUGGAGUUUCCAUCAUGGAUUUUGGGGUUGAGAAAUCUUGGUUACCUUGAUCUUAGAAACAACUCCUUUGUGGGGCCCAUUCCAAGUAGUUGCAAUGCUACCAAACUCAAGUAUAUUGAUAUCUCAUCUAAUUUUCUAAAUUCAACACUUCCAAGUUGGAUAUACAAUUCGUGUAAGGAGUUGGAAUUCGUGUAUUUGGAUUUCAAUUUCCUACAUGGUACAAUACCAAGACAGUUUACAAACUUGUGCAGAGUUAAGACACUGUCCUUGUCCUUCAAUAGAUUUGAGGGGACCAUGUCUGAUUCAUUUGGAAAUAUGUCAAAAUGUUUUUUGGAAGGUUUGGAAGAGCUAAAUUUGCAGUUUAAUCAGCUUUCCGGUCCGUUAAUAGACCAACUUGGUGAAUUCAAGAGCCUCGAACGUCUCUUUCUGAACAAAAAUCUUUUGGGCCAGCUUUGCAAUCUUGAAAGGCUUCACCUUGGUGGCAACAAGUUGGAAGGGGUUGUGAGGGAAAGUCUGUUUGCAAAUCUCACAAAAUUGAAGAUUUUAACUGCUUCUCAAAAUGAGUUGAGUUUGAGAUUAGGUGAGGAUUGGAGUCCCCCUUUCCAACUUAAGCAACUUAGAUUAGGGUCUUGGAGCUUAAGUGAAGGCUCCCAGAUUCCUUCUUGGAUUCUGAGGCAGAGGAAUCUUUCAGCUUAUCUUGAUUUGUCUGAUACUGGAAUCUUCUCAGAUAAUGUUCCUAGCUGGUUUUGGGAGAUUCAUUUCUUGAAUCUAUCUCACAAUCACCUCCAUGGAAAGAUUCCGGAUAUUCGUGGCUCUACAGAAAAUCAAUAUGUGUACGCGAGUGGUAACGAGUUUGAGGGAUCUUUGCCUAGAGUUGGAGACAGACUGAGGGAGCUGGAUUUAUCGAGUAACUCGUUCUCUGGAGGUAUAGCUCACUUUCUAUGUGAUGACACAUACGAAACAUACUCGUUGGAGAUCCUUCACUUGGGAGACAAUCAAUUAAGUGGACAGUUGCCAGAUUGUUGGAUGAAAUGGCCUUCUUUGAAGUAUAUCAACAUAGGCAACAAUCAACUGUUUGGAAGCAUCCCAACUUCUAUUGGCCUUCUUGCAAAUCUGCUAUCUUUGAAUCUUCACAACAACGGUUUUUCAGGGCGCAUACCUUCUUCGAUGCACAACUGCAAGAAGAUGCUGAAGAUGGGGCUAGCAGAUAACAGACUUGGUGGGGACAUACCGACGUGGAUAGGAACAAGCCUAGUCGAGCUGAGGAUUCUCAUACUGCGCUCAAACAAUCUGAGCGGUGAGAUAUCGCCCGAGCUUUGCCAACUGAGCUAUCUCCAAAUAUUGGAUCUCUCAAACAACGAACUCUCGGGCGUGAUACCAAGGUGUGUUCAAAACUUCACUGCCAUGGCUAAGAAGAAAAGCCUGCCUGAUCUGUACAGACUGUAUGGUGGUGAAAAGUCCAUCUAUUCUUUCUCAAUCUACAUAGGAGGGUUUAUAGAGAGUGCAUUGAUAGUAAUAAAGAGGAGUAAACUGCAGUAUGACACCAUUCUUCCAUUGGUCACUACUAUUGAUUUUUCAAACAACACUUUGCAUGGAGAAAUCCCAACUGAGGUGACAUGUUUAUUGGAAUUGGGAUUCCUUAAUUUGUCAAGAAAUGAGUUGGUUGGUUUGGUGCCUGAUCAUAUUGGAGAAAUGAUGCAGUUGCAAUCACUUGAUCUAUCAAGAAACUCUUUAAGUGGUCAAAUUCCAACCAGCCUUGCAUUCAUAUCUACUUUGGGAUAUCUAGACUUGUCAUACAAUAACUUCACAGGAAGAAUUCCAGAAGGCAGACAGCUCCAAACCUUCAAUGCUACUAGCUUUAUCGGAAAUCAUCUUUGUGGGCAGCCAUUGACAGCAAAUUGCAGUGGUGAAGGGAAAGAGGAGAAGGCCUAUUCAGCUGAUGGAGUUGAGUGGUUGGAUGUUUUUUUUUUGUUUGGGGUAUUCAGUGGGAUUUUCAAUGGUUUGCAGUGUAUUGGUGUUGAGCAAGAGGUGGAGAGAUGCCUAUUUUGGUUGGGGAGAAAGGAUGUGGAACAAGCUCUAUUUCGAUCUCAGCCCCUCCGCUUCUCCGCCGCCCCCAAAAUCUCUGCCACAAUCUCCGUCGCCGACAAGCUUCCUGACGCCACCCUAUCCUACCUCGACGCCUCCGACGAGCUCCAGACCAUCUCAAUCGCCGACAUCACCACGAAUAAGAAGGCAAUUUUGGUCGUGUCCUCCGUCGCCGCCUCCUUCAUCCGCGCCAUGAGCGACGCCGCCAUAACCUCGCUCUCCUGA